AUGGCUCUGUUCAAAAUAAACACUCUUGCAACAUAUUCAACCAGUUCAUCGACAAUGGCGAAUUAUAAUGCAACACGCACUUCCUCUUCAAAUAAACCAAUCAGCAGUGUUUCCAAGAGAAAACAUGAUGAUAUCGAUGGUACUCGUUGUGAAUUUUGUUCAAUAUCAGUCAAUGAUCAAACGAAAUUUGUGAUUAGUUAUAUCAUUCCCGGUAAAUGUGCUAAUAUUGCCAAUAGUGAUCAAGAAAUAUCAAAACAAUUUCAAACGAAAUUUUCUCAUUUAUUCACCUACAUUCCUGAUGAAUAUAUUCAAUCGUAUCUCAUUGAUAAUACUCAUGUAAAGCCGCAAAAAUCGAAAAUUUGUUUAAUGUUGUAUGAUGAUAUUGUCACAUUUAUGAACGAAAGUGACCUCCAAUUGAGCGGAAUAUCACUCGAUCAAGCCUUCACAUUACCCAAUUCGAUACUUCAACAUAUUCAUUCUUAUGUUCAUUAA